CCGGCAGCUCAUGUAGGAAGUGUUGCUCAACCGUUAGUUGUUCACCAAAACGAAAAUACCGGGUUAUCUGGCAGGUUUUCACCAGGAGCAGGGCGUGAGUUAAAGCCAUGGCUGGACCUGUCAGUCUGGAGCUGGAUCCCAUCUUCCUUAAGGGACUGAGUUACCUGCACUCCAAGAGUAAAGACUCAGCUGAGAAACUCAAAGCUUUACUAGACGAGUCCCUUUCAAGAGGAAGUGAUUCAUCAUACCGUUCGUUGCAAAAAGAUAUUGAAGUGUCCAAGGGGUCUGUGUCAAAACUGAGCUUAAGUAAACAAGACUCCAAGUCCUCCUCAAGUUCCUCAUCCUCCAGCAGCAGCAGUAGCAGUAGUAAAUCCAGCUCAGAAAAGAGCAAGAAAGAGGCAGAUAAGAGACCCACUGAGAAGGUCAGAGUUGAUUUGGGUGAGGUGGACCCACCAAAAAAGCCUCGUUUGGAAAAACAAGAGAAUCGCUCUUCUCCUAUCACCGUUCAGACGAGUAAAGACCUUCUGCCAAAUAUUAACGACUACGAUGAGACCAAUGCUGAUGACUUCGCCAUGGAAAUGGGCCUUGCUUGUGUGGUUUGCAGACAAAUGACAGUGACGAUGGGAAACCAGCUGGUUGAGUGCCAGGAGUGCCAUAAUCUGUACCACCAGGACUGUCACAAGCCCCAGGUGACAGACAAAGAAGUGAAUGAUCCACGGCUUGUGUGGUACUGUGCCCGCUGCACCAGGCAAAUGAAACGCAUGGCCCAGAAACCUCCACAGAAGCCCUCCCCUGUCUCGGCAUCAUCAGCGCCUGUUGUAAAAGACACAUUAGUGAAAAAGACGGAGCUUAAAGCCAAGCCCGACACAGCCAGCACCUUCCAGGCCUUCAAAAGAACAGAAGUAAAGGCAUCCACAACAUCAGCCAAUCCCACCGGCAGCUCCUCCACCGCAGGCAGCGGUCUCACAGGCUGGGCUGCAUUUGGCGCUAAGACAAACCCAUCUCUUCCUGCCAGCUCCAAACUAGGUUCCUCAGCCUCAAGUGGGAGCCACAAGACCUUGACAACUCCAUCUGGCCAGAAACCUGUCGGGCUGUCUGGGCUGGCAGGAGCCAAGUCGGGACUUGGUAGUGCAAAGAUACCUGGAAGCGGAAACGGGAACGGCUCCAGCCAGGUGCCUCUAAAACCUCCUCCCCCCCUGACUCUGGGUAAGCAGCCACUGAACCGCUCAGGGAGCAGCGAAAACCAAGGGAAAGGGUCGACUCCAUCAGGAGCUGGCUCCCCGAGUGGCUCCCAGGCAGGUGGAGGAGGGAACGGAGGCAAUAAUGGAGGAGGGAAUGGGAACAAUGGGAACGGGUCAAAAGCUGCACCAGGUGACAAAGCACCAACAUCCCAAGAGUCCCAGCUUAACGCCAUGAAACGGUUACAGCUGGUGAAGAAGAAAGCAGCACAGAAGAAACUGAAGAAAUGAGUAAAGGUAGAGAGACAAAAGAGUGGGAGUACGUAUGAGUAGAAAAUAAAUAAUUGUGGAGUUAGUGCCAGAGCAGUCUGUUUGUUUUAAAAGAGCAUCUGUACAUGAGUAACACCAUACAGUCAAAUACUUGAAUCUUACUUUGUGUAAACGCUGCUGGACUGUGUGCCUCGUUCUGUCAUAACAAGUCUAACCGUUGAAAAAGUCACUGUCGCUUUUUAUCAAGAAACGUCAUUAAAUCUCUUCUUAUAAA